AUGUACUGCCAGAAAUGCCGCGCAUCUCUGAGGUUUGAUAGCACUUUAGAAGAUCUCAAUCCCGCAGCAUAUGAUCUGCUUAUCGGAGCUGCAAGCCAGCAGGUGAAGCACAUACCCCCUUCUCGAUCACCUUAUCCGCAAGGUCGCAAAGAGCUUUUUGAAAGAGCGGUUAAGAACACUGUCAAUUCAAAUAACUUUCUUAGUACUGCUUCGCGAACUUUACCUAUUGUUCCCGAUGGAGCCCAAACUGGAUCGGGAAAUUCAGCCAUGUCAUUUGUUAUGCUUUCAGGAUCUCAAGUUGAAUCUACUACAGAAAGAUCACACAAGAAAACUGGUUUAGAUUCGGAAACUAUGCAGGACCUUGAUCUUUCAGAUGGCGAGGCAAAGGCUAUUUCACAAGAUAUGAAUAGAAUGUCUCGACUUUUUGAAAUACUGACAGCUAGAUCUGAUAUCGACUUUCCGGUUUGCGUUGAGUGUACAGAUCUUCUUAUCAAUGGACUUCAAAGGCGCCUUGAAGCGGCCAUUAAAGAGAGAGAUGCAUACGUUGGCUUCCUCAAACAGGUCAACUCGGAAAUCCCGACCAGUGAUGAAGUUCAUGAAUCGCAAGAGGCCUUGGCAAUAGCUCAGAAGGAUGAAGAGGCUGCAUUGGAAACACUCAAAAAGCUUGAGGAAGAAAAAGUAUUCGUAGACGCAGAAGUCGCUGCACUAGAAGAGGAAGCUCGAGCCUUAGAUAUAGAAGAAGAAAAAUUCUGGCGUGAACGAAAUGACUUUGCUAUGAAAUUAGCUGAAUUUCAAAGUAUCCGCGAUAGUAUUAAUCUCAAAUACGAUCAUGACAGUCAAGUUCUGGACAAACUUCAGCGGACCAAUGUUUACAACGAUACAUUCUGUAUCAGUCAUGAUGGAAAUUUUGGUACUAUAAAUGGUUUACGAUUGGGUAGGCUCUCUAACAUUCCGGUAGACUGGUCAGAGAUAAAUGCCGCUUGGGGACACACAGUGUUAUUAUUGCAGACACUUGCAGACCGUUUGGGCUUCAAAUUUCAGGGCUACCAGUUGCAGCCGAUGGGCUCAACUUCUCGUAUAUUGCGGUUUGAGAAAAUUUCAACAUCAAACUCUCGUAAUACCUCAAGAGCGCCUAAAAAAACCGUGCUUGAACUUUUUUCCUCUGGCGAUAUGCCGCUAGGACUAACUUUUAUGCAUCGUCACUUCGAUACAGCAAUGGUUGCUUUCCUCGAAUGUAUGCGACAGCUAGGCGCCUUUGUUGAAGCCAAAACUACUCAUGAGAAUUCUACCAUAUCCAAAUCUGUACACAAGUUACCGUAUAAAAUUGAAGGUGACAAGAUUGGUGACGCUAGCAUCAAGCUGGGCAUAGCUCAGGACGACGCAUGGAGUAGAGCGUGUAAGUAUACUUUGACCUGCUGCAAAUUUCUGCUGGCUCAUGCAAGUAACGUCAAUACCAUGGCAAAUGAUAGACGGACAUUGUAA